CUUUAUAUAUCAACCGCCAGCUACCAUACGCCCACGAUGACCCCAUCCCGGAGUCCAAGCACGUGCGCCCCGUUCUUGGCCCGAAGGCGCAAAUAGCCUAAAUUGCCGGGAAUGAGACGACUUCUUGCCGCUAUUAAUUCAUGCAGCCGAGUCAAGGCGGAGGGGUUCUCUGUGGCGCCCGGUUUGGGGGAUGUUAUCAGAUGUAAUGCAGGUAAUUCGAGGGCAUCCGAGCACCAGCGCCCAGAGCUGAUCGACGGCUGAUUCCCGGAUUAGGAAGCUUCUCGUCUUAAUGGAUUGUGUACCAUGUUGAUACCAUCAACCCAAGUCACGUAUUACCAACAAGUACUUGAUCAGUGAUACGUAGUUGAUAUAACUUUUACGUUCACCAAGUUCAACUAGUUCAUGUUCCCUAUUAAUUUCAUAACUAGUAGGAAGUUCCUUGGCCACUGUUACAACUCAGUUCCGUUCCCAGGGUGGUCCGGAAUUAUCCAACCCAAAACCCAACCCCAACCCAGGGAAAACGAACCACCCAGCCCAAUCCAGUCCAGCCCAGACCAUUCCCGCCCAAGUCAGGAACCAGCCCAUACCUUGUUUUCACAUCUGUCCCAAAAGUAAAAGAGAAAAAGUCAGAUAUCAGGUGACAAACUAAUUACAAUAAUAAUAAUAAUCCUAAA